UCCCACACCACAUGCUUUUGAAUUUGUGUUGAAGACACAUAUGUUGUUCCAUGCGCUUAUACCAUGGCAAGUGACCAGUAGCGACUGAGUAACAGAUACUUUGUAAAUAUUCACAGCUCCAGUGGCUGUUCUUGACACAGGUGGCUUAAAUUUGCCUUUUGCUGUUGUUUCUUUUUUUAUUUCCUGCAUUUUGGUCUGUAUUCUGAAAGCCUGUCUCUUUAUUUUUUCCCCUCUGUGUCUGUGUUCCAGUGACUUUAUAACAUGCAAGGCACUGAUACCAGGGGGAGCUCCCCUGCAUUCCUCCGUCCUCAGAACGGGAGCAGUCACAGGUCUUCGGGGUACGUCCCGGGGAGAAUUGCCCCUCUCCGUCCCCCGCCGCCUUCGCAGAGCCAUGCUGCAGCAGAAUUUACCUCGGCGAGACAGGAAGCCCAGACAAGACUCCCGUCCUUGCCAGUGGAGCAGCACCGCCGACAGGCAGAAGCCAACAGACACAAAAAUACUCUUAUUUGUUCUGCCGUUUCUAGCCUUUCACUUUUUGUUGCACUGGGGAUUUUUUUGGGAAUAGCUUCAAAGUAUGCUCCAGAUGAGAAUUGUCCUGAUCAGAAUCCUCGCCUUAAAAACUGGAGCCCUGGAAAAGAUCCUGAAAAACAAGUUAUUAUCAAAAAAGGGGAUUUGUUUCGUCUGAACACAGAUGCUACAGUACACUCUAUAGUUAUACAAGAUGGAGGUUUACUUGUUUUUGGUGAUGAUAAAGAAGGUUCUAAAAAUAUUACCUUGAGAACUCGAUUUAUCCUGAUAAAGGAUGGUGGAAUGCUUCAUGUUGGAGCAGAGAAAUGCCGCUAUAAAUCCAAAGCAACUAUUAUUUUGUAUGGGAAGUCAAACGAAGGUGCUGAUGUGCCAGAAUUUGGCAAAAAGUUUAUUGGCGUGGGCCCUGAAGGAACGCUGGAGUUGCACGGGCACCAGAAGGUAUCAUGGACUCUUCUGUCAAAGACUAUAUAUUUCUCAGGGCUGGCCUAUGGUCAUUAUACAUUUAAAAAGAAUUUUUCCCGAGGACUAAAUGUGAGAGUGAUUGAUCAGGAUACAGCGGAGGUUUUGGAAGUGCUGAAGUUUGAUACUCAUGAAUUUGCAGAGGAAAGCUUAAAGCUCCAGAACUUGCUGAAAAAUGGGCAUCCUGGUCGCAUUAUUGCUAUUGCUGUAGGAGAUUCAGCUGCUAAAAAUCUUUUGGAGGAAACCAGAGUGACUAUUCAGAAUCUUCUGGGAAGUAGGUUUGUCAGAGGAUUAAGUUACAGGCAAGCCUGGGCUUUAGUUGGUGUCAUAGGUGGUGGAAAUUCUUCCUGUAAUGAAUCAGUGAGAAACUAUGAAAACCACAGCACUGGUGGGAAAGCUCUUGCUCAGAGAGAGUUUUUCACAGUGGAUGGUCAGAAGUUCGUUGUGAGAGCUUACAGCGAAUGGAAUGAUGGUGUCCCAAUAUCAGGCUUCCAGGUGGAAGCGGUGGGUGGAGUAAUACUGAACCUUCUGGAUGAUGUUAGUAGUUGGGAGCCUGGAGACAAGAUUGUGGUUGCGAGCACAGACUAUUCUAUGUAUCAGACAGAGGAAUUCACCCUCCUUCCCUGCACGGAGUGCACCAAGCAUCAGGUUAAAGUCAAAGAAAACCCUCAGUUUCCUCAUGUUGGAGAAGUAAUUGAUGGAGUGGACAUGAGAGCAGAAGUUGGAGUUCUUACAAGAAACAUCCUAAUAAAGGGGGAGACAGAAAAUACCUGCUAUCUUGAAAAGGAGUGUCAGUUCUUCAAUUAUGAUACAUUUGGUGGACAUAUCAAGAUUUUGAAGAAUUUUACAUCUGUUCACCUUUCCUAUGUGGAAUUGAAGCAAAUGGGCCAGCAGCAGAUUGGAAGUUAUCCUGUUCACUUUCACCUUUGUGGGGAUGUGGAUGAAAAAGGAGGAUAUACUUUUAAAACUUAUCUGGAAGGUCUUUCCAUUCAUCACUGUUUUUCUAGAUGUGUGAAUGUUCAUGCAACUAAUGGCUUGCUGAUAAAGGACACCAUUGGCUAUGACACACUAGGUCACUGUUUCUUCAUGGAAGAUGGCAUUGAGCAGAGGAAUACUUUGUUCCACAACCUUGGGCUAGUCACAAAACCAGGCACUCUUCUACCUACAGACAGAAACAGCAGCAUGUGUAUUGGGAUUAGGGAUAAGGUAUAUGGAAGUUAUGUCCCAGUGCCAGCCACGGACUGCAUGGCUGUUUCAACAUUCUGGAUUUCUCACCCCAACAAUCAUCUCAUAAAUAAUGCAGCAGCAGGCUCACAGGAUGCAGGAAUCUGGUAUUUGUUCCACAGGGUUGCUACAGGAGAUUCUCAUAGUCUAGCCAUCGAAACCAAAUCAGAGCUUACACCCCUAGGAAUCUUCUAUAACAACAGGGUUCAUUCUAAUUUUAAGGCUGGUUUGUUCAUUGAUAAGGGUGUUAAAACAACUAAUGCUAGUGCUGAUGAUCCCAGGGAAUAUCUCUCUUUGGACAACAAUGCAAGGUUCCGACCUCAUCAAGACGCAGACCCUGAAAAGCCCCGAGUUGCUGCCCUGAUUGACAGAUUAAUCUCUUUCAAAAACAAUGAUCAUGGAGCCUGGGUCAGGGGAGGGGAUAUCCUCAUUCAGAACUCUGGGUUUGCAGACAAUGGAAUAGGUUUGACAUUUGCGAGUGAUGGGAGCUUCCCAAAUGAUGAAGGUGCCAGCCAGGAGGUAUCAGAGUCGCUGUUCAUAGGUGAGAGCAAGAAUUAUGGGUUUCAAGGUGGACAAAAUAAAUAUGUGGGAACUGGAGGAAUAGACAACAAGACACGCACGCUGCCUAGAAAUCGGACAUUUCCAAUCAGAGGCUUUCAGAUUUAUGAUGGACCUAUUCACCUUACUAAGUGCACAUUUAAAAACUUCGUGCCAACUCCAGACAGAUUUACCAGUGCAGUUGGAUUCCUGAUGAAGAAUCCAUGGCAGAUGACUCCAAAAAAUAACAUUUCUCUUGUGAAGUUUGGUCCAAAUGUUUCUUUGAAAGCCUUCUUUGGGAAGCCUGGUCCCUGGUUUGAAGAAGGAGAUCUGGAUGGUGACAAGAACUCAAUAUUUCAUGAUCUAGAUGGCUCAGUGACUGACUACAGGGAUACCUAUGUGGGCCGAAUGGAUAAUUACUUGAUUCAACACCCCAAAUGCGUUAACAUGACAGAAUGGAGUGGAGUGGUUUGCAGUGGGAACUAUGCACAGGUUUAUGUCCAAACCUGGAAUGGACAGAAUCUAUCCAUGACUAUUGUCCGAGAUGAGUAUCCAGCCAAUCCCAUGGUUCUUCGAGGUAUUAAUCAGAGAGCAGCUGCCUUUCAGCAGUACCAGCCAGUGGUGAUGCUCCAAAAGGGCUAUACAAUACAUUGGAAUGGAAAAGCUCCAAAUGUCACCUAUCUGUAUCUCAUUAAUUUCAACAAGAACGACUGGAUACGUGUUGGUCUUUGUUACCAACCAAAGACAGAUUUUCUUAUAGUGUUGGAAACCUUUCAAAGGCGAUCAUCUGCUCUGUCAAGCAAGGUGGAGCGCUACACGCCUGUAUCUUCAAUGAUGGAGCUUGAAAAGAAUCAAUCAGACAAGAGGUUUUACUUUGACAACAGUACUGGAUUACUGUUUUUAUUUCUUCAAGCCAAAUAUAAUAGGGAUGGUCACAGUUAUUGCUCAUCUCAGGGAUGUGAAAGGAUCAAGAUUGUGACCAAAGAUUCAUCAAAAGGGAUAAGUAAUUGCAUGGCAAAAGCUUACCCAAAGUACUACCAAGUACCAACCGUCAUAAAGCAGAUGCCAGAAAAAACUACUGUACCAUGUUCAAAAUGUGGCACAACUCAGAUGGUGUUCACCACUGACCCUCACAGAAACUACCUCCUUGUGCAGAUUAAUUCAUCUGAUGAAAAAGAGUCAAGCAGAGGCCAGCAAGCAUUUAUAUAUGUCAAUGACACCAUGUUUUCCUUCAAGGGUAAUGGAAUACUUAUUGUUGUAGUAGAUGCCUGCACUGGCACAGUGUUGGGAAACAAAUUAUUUUCUGGAGUAGACAUUAGGCAUGUAGAUGGAUAUUUAAAAUCUGGAAUUCCACAAAGGUCUAUCAUUCUGCUGAGCACAAGAGGUGAUGUAGCAAUUCCUAAUAAUUUAGGUGAAGCCUUAAUGUCCCUGGGGACAGCGAAACCACCUUAUCUUCAGAGCAAUGGAAGCUUGGCCUUUCUGGGCUUCAGAGGAAACAUUAAGCCAUCCUGGAUUAAGCUGUUUACCAGUCCUGCUGGGCAUGGGCUCGUUCAGAUAGAAAAGUAUAUCCCUCUGCAACUGGAAGAGUAUGGCUGUGCCAGAGCAACUAAAAGCCGUCAGAAAGACCUCGAGCUUCUGAAGAAGGCUGCACGAUCUCAUUAAAGACUAAGAUGUACAUAAAAUCUGGGGGAAAAAUGUGAACUAACUUAUUUUUUAAUUUAUGGCAUUUUAAACUAUAUUGUUAUCCAAGUAAAUCAUGUUAUUGUCUGAGAGAUGUUUGCCAGCAUUGACUGCUUGAAUGCCAAUCUGUGCACCUUCUAGUUGUACAAAAUAUUAAAGAAUUUAUUAGUAUUUGUAUAAACAGGUUUCAGAGAUUUUUCAGAUGUUUGUAUUUACUGUAAACAAGUUCCUUCUGUUUAAUAUUCCUUUUGUAUGUAAGAGGGUAUUCAUAAAAGCCUUAAGUUUUUAGUAACAGGUGUUGGAGUGCAUUUUGGGUUACUUGAAAGAUUAGCAUCAAUGCCUUCAUAAACAGCUUGAAUUGGUCAUUAUACCUUAAGCAUUUUUCCCUCAGCUGUUUGGGUGUUUCCAUGGAUGUUUUUCUGUCAGCUCAGUUACAUUCUCAGUCUGCUUUCUAACGUCUUAAAGCCCAAUUUCCCCUAUGCAUGAGGCUGACUCAAGCGAUUUUUAACUGCAGUAAAAAUUUUUGCUUUCCUGUGUGAAAGAUGGAGGAAGGAAUUCAAAGACCCAGCCUGGGUCAGCGGAGCUUUACAAGGCUUUGUGUACAAGUGUGGCACGCAGAGCAGGAAAUUACUCCUGUUCUUUAGGAUCACUGUUUAGUCUCUCUAAAUACACAGGUGUGACUGUAAGAGCUACUUUGAUAAACAGUCUAGAAGUUAAGGCUGCAGUCUUGAGUACAGCUUGACUUCAGCUUAGUCUUUUAAAGCUUUUAGCCAGAAGGGCAAAGCUAAGAUACUGUUACUCUCAAUUUGUUGGGAAAGGAGGCUUCUACUCUUGCAGUGGUGGGUUUUUUGUUUUGUUUUGAUUUUUUAAAUUUUUUUGUUGUUGUUUUGUUGGUUGUUUGGUUGAUUGGUUUUUGGGUUGUUCUUUUUGUUUGUUUUUUAGUGUUGAUUUUUCUUUAAUUAUUUUAAGGCUAUCUCAGCUUUAACUUGUGAGUGAAUGGAAAGUGCUUUCAGUUCAUUAAAUCAUACCUUCUGCCUUAACUUUGAUUCUCUUAGUAUACUCAUGUUGUUAAUUCCUGUUGACUUUGUAUUAGGUCCAUUGAUUUGAUCUGGUUUUGUUGCAAUUAAUUGUCUCUGCCAAUAGUGUGAAAAUCACUUAGAACAGCGGCACAGCUGCCCUUUUUCAGGAUCUUUGUCUUUGAAAUUAAAUUUCAGGGACAGUAAAGAUGCAUUUCAUAAUAGAGCACAAUAGGUGCCAUAGGGCUAAAAUGUAACCCUAGUUCUAAUAAAACUGACAUAUUUCCUUCUUCUUGUAUAUGUUCUCAUUCAUUCAAGCUGGUAUAAUGUAUUUACCAUUCAUAGAUGCUUUGUGCUUUGAAUUCAAAAUAGUGUCUGUUGUAAAUAAACUAUAUGCUUGUCUUCUCCAAAGAUGUUGAAAAACUGUGGGGAUGUUUUUUUGUGCUUUAAAGGAGAAGAGGCACAAUAUCAAACAUAUUACUCUGUUCAAUUAAAAUAUGCUACCUCAGUGCUACAAUUAAACUGCCUGGUCUAAGUGAGAAAGGAGGGAUAAGGAGUAUGACACAAGAGUUGAAGUUAACAGAUAGAUGACCAAUACUAUUUUUAUUGUAAAACCAAGCCAAAUGGAUGAUUGUGUAUUUUGCAGUUGUUUUGAUGCACAGUUCUCUCUAUGUUUAAAAGAAAAGUAAUUUUGUUAGGGGAAGCUGUGAUAAAUCUUUACGACUAACUAAUGUUUGGUGUUAUUAAUGCAGGGCAGUGAUGUAAAUGCUCUGAGUGCAGUAGUGAUAGUGUUUGGGGAUUAAAAUGGCUUUAAGGCUUCCUCUAUUCUCAUGCUUGGCAGAGAAAUAGUGAUGAGGUGGUGAUCCUCAGGCUUGUGAAGUUGGCCAUUAUUUAUGAUAUUCUGCUGUUUUAAGCGUCUUGUAAAAGUUGUCCUUGGAAGCGUCAGGGGUAUUCUGAUGUAGGGCUUACUGAUGAACAAUUGGACCUGAAGUUAAAGUGUUUGUCUUUUGUGUAAAUUUAAACACUUGAGAAAUAGCAUAAAUAAAUUUUUAUGUCUGACAAG